CCAUCUACCGCGCGCGCCCCUCACACGGUCAAGUGCAUCAGCCUGUUAUUUCAUGUUUAAAGUGCAUCGGUGAAGAUGGCGAUGUGUGCUGCGCUCCGAUGCGUUUCGGCAAACUUUUUGGCAGCAUUGCCCCUGCUCACAAGACCUGCACACAUCUCGACGUGCCAAAUUCUUCGAAGACCAAACAAUUUAAGGACGCUUUGCACGAGCUCGCGGCACUCGGAAGCUCUGAAAUAUACAGACAAACAUGAGUGGGUGCGAAUAGAGGGGGGUGUGGGUACAGUUGGCAUCAGCAACUAUGCUCAGGAAGCAUUAGGUGAUGUGGUUUACUGUGGGCUUCCAGAGGUGGGAACAAGACUUGAACAAAUGGAUGAGUUUGGUGCUUUAGAGAGUGUCAAAGCUGCUAGCGAGUUGUAUUCUCCACUGUCUGGAGAGGUCACCGAAAUCAACACAAAGCUGGCAGAUAACCCUGGACUAGUCAAUUCUGCCUGCUACGAAGGCGGAUGGCUAAUUAAGAUGACCAUAGAGAAACCUGCAGAACUUGAUGCCCUCAUGGAUAAAGCUGCUUAUGAAAAUUUCAUCAAAUCCCUUGAUUCAUAAAUGUAUUGAAAAUGUCACUAUUUGUUGUUAUUAAUCAUUCAGAGCCUUUUAAAAAUGAAAAAUGGCUUCUUUAGGAUGCCACGGUUAGAAUGAGUACUAAUACAAUUAUUUGAAAUCUAUUUAUUAUGAUUUUGUAAUUAUUUUUCCACCAUAAUACUCAUUUGUAAUGUGGUAGUUUUAACAAAACUGUCAUGUGUUUUGCUGUUUAAAAAGCCAAAUAUUUCAAAGGGCUUUUGGUGUUUGAGGUGCUUUAUGUGAUGGGAGGAGCUGGCUCUGCUGAUUGUCUUAAAUAGUACAUUUGUCAAUAUAACGUGGGUGCCACUACAGUAACACACAUAAUGCAAUAAAAUGGAAAAUUUU